AUGUCAUAUUUCAGAAAAUCGGACUUGAGUGAGGACGCAGUGGAGCUGGAAGUGAUGCAAGGGAUAGUCCGUGGGCUGCAUGACUGGAUCAAGGUGGCACAUCAAAAAUCACGGCGACGUCGUACUAGUCAGGCAGAUGAGGAGAUGUUAGAGGGUCUCAGUGCUUGGAUGAGAGGUUGGAAAGACGUCGAGGACGGCUUCCAGAUUCGAGGACGCACACGGAAGACGAGACGUGAUCAAAGACUGGUGAAGAGUGAAGACUGA